UGUCUCUGUCAGAUAUGAGAUCCUUGGUUCCGCCGUGGAAGGUGAGGGCGCUCCUUCCAGUCCACCGAUGCUGUUUCACAGACCGUCUGACCCCCUCACCAACAAGCCACUUCCUCUUUUGUCUGAUUUCAUGGCGAUCGGGAGAGAGGGAACACCACCGACGCACGCACACUGUCUCAGCACUCUUGAAAGAGUUUAUCCGGGUGUAAACUAAAACGAUCUGACUGGCACAAGAACAUUGUUCUCCAGGUGAAACUACGUGGACAACAUUAAAGGACUCCAUAGCACUUGGAUCUGUUCUUCUCUGUCCCAGGUUCAGACUGUGUGGUCUAUGGCUCUGAUGGACAAACACAAACAAGUCAAGCGGCAGAGACUUGACCGCAUUUGUGAGGGUAUCCGACCCCCAAUCCUGAAUGGGCCAAUGCACCCGCGGCCCCUAGUUGCCCUGCUAGACGGGCGUGACUGCACUGUGGAAAUGCCCAUCCUCAAAGAUGUGGCCACAGUGGCCUUCUGCGAUGCCCAGUCCACACAAGAGAUUCAUGAGAAGGUGCUAAAUGAGGCAGUUGCUGCCCUGCUCUACCACACCAUCACUCUGUCCAGGGACGACUUGGAAAAGUUCAAAGGCCUUCGCGUUAUUGUCAGGAUCGGCUCUGGCUUCGACAAUGUCGACAUCAAAGCAGCUGCUGAGCUAGGUAUUGCUGUCUGUAAUGUGCCAGCAUCGUCUGUGGAGGAGACAGCCGACACUUCACUAUGCCUGAUCCUCAACCUGUACAGGCGAGUCACCUGGAUGCACCAGGCCCUCAGGGAGGGAACCCGAGCCUCGAGUGUGGAACAGAUCAGAGAGGUAGCUGGUGGUGCUGCUCGUAUCCGGGGUGAGACACUCGGCAUCAUCGGUCUAGGGCGUGUUGGCCAAGCUGUGGCUCUGCGGGCUAAGGCUUUUGGUUUCGGUGUGAUCUUUUAUGACCCCUACCUGCCUGAUGGUGUGGAGCGCUCAUUGGGCCUGCAGCGCAUGGCCACUCUGCAGGACCUGCUCAUCCACUCGGACUGUGUAUCCCUGCACUGCAGCCUCAACGAGCACAACCACCACCUCAUUAAUGACUUCACCAUCAAACAGAUGCGUCAGGGAGCCUUCCUGGUGAACACGUCAAGAGGCGGUCUGGUUGACGAGAAAGCAUUGGCUCAGGCCCUGAAAGAAGGCCGGAUACGAGGGGCUGCCCUGGACGUCCACGAGACAGAACCUUUCAGUUUCUCCACAGGACCUUUGAAGGACGCCCCCAACCUGAUCUGUACCCCACACACAUCUUGGUACAGUGAGCAGGCCUCUGUGGAGGCUCGUGAGGAGGCAGCCAGGGAGGUUCGCCGCGCUAUCACUGGGCGUAUCCCUGACAGUCUGAAGAACUGCGUUAAUAAGGAGUAUCUGAUGGCAGCCUCUCAGUGGCCCAGCAUGGAGGCAGCCACUGUUCACCCAGAACUUAAUGGAGCCACUUACAGAUUUCCUCCAGGUCUGAUCAAUGUUGCAGCAGCAGGGGGUCUCCCAGGAGCUGGCGCAGGGGUGGAAAGCCUUGUUUCAGGAACCCUGGCUCACGGCAUCACCCCUGUCUCCCACCCGCCUCACGCACCCUCCCCUAAUAAGGCCGAAGCCGACAGAGACAUCCCCUCCGACCAAUAGCCCCCCCAGCCGUCGCCAGCACAUUCCGUCGCCUCUGGAAACCACCCCCACCCCCACCUCCCAGCAUCAGACACAGCCCGACCCUCCAGUACAUCGGCAGCGCCAGUUUGACCUGAUGUGGAUUCACACAGUCUCGUUCCUCAGAUCACAUAACCAGCCCAGGAGUGACCUAUCCACAGCUAGCCCCAUCCCAUCCACACCACAAGAACACACAUCCCUCCAUCCUUGUCCUCAUGUCACCCACUCACCUGCCAUCCCCUCCCCCCCUUCACUCCCCCACAACGUCAGCAAUAACUGUGUUCUCAAGGAUUCAAUGAUUGGAUUGGUUUAUAUCCUUAGUUGGCUGUUUUAAUGGAAAGUUGACCUGUUGUGGUUCUAGGUGUUAAUGUUUGUUUGUUUGUAAAAAAAAAAAAAAAAAAAGCAUUUCUGACAUGAGGCUUUCCAGCCUGCCGUCUCCUGCAGUCCUCUGACCAGCAGAGGCAGGAAGGCUGAAGCCUCCCUUUGUACAUUAAUGGCUCAUGUUACUGCUCUUCUUCUUCUUUUCUUUUUUUCCCCUCCCCCCUCCAACUUUAUUGUGACGAGGGAAAAUGUGUACUAAAGUAAACCAGACAGAAUCACAAACAGUACAUCCUGUCCUUCCCACCAGGCGUCUAGCUACCCCUCAGACCAGUUUGGCCCUUACUGCUCCCUGGCACUGUCCUCUUCUUGCUCAGCAGAGGGAACCAUAAUGCCGUCAAUAUGGAGCUCUCUCAGACUGUAUAUUGAAUCUGCUCAGCUCAUACUUCAGAUAGUGAUACCCAACAUCAUUUGUCACCUUUUUACUGCUGUGGCUGCCUAUUUUUAGGACCGCAACCCUGUAAUCACACAUGUUUUGUCCCACAUGGAUUGUUUUGUGUCACAAUAGCGAUAGCACCCAGGCAUGAAUUUCAUCUCGUGCAAUCAGAUGGAGUUGCUACGUCUGAGGUCUUUACACAUAUUGCCCACACAGAAUCAAAAACGGCAGCCUUUUUCUGGCUGAGAAAACAACAGCAUGCCAGAGUCCUCGCCAGCAGAGGGCACCGUCUGGCCACUCGGAGCUGAGAGAGUUGCACGCAGCUAAUUUCAGCCAGUUACAGGUUAGCUGUAGUGAUGAAGAACAUGAUCACACACUGCCAACAUUCAGAACACAGGAUGGGUGACCAGGGACCGCCUUAUUGUUUAGGAAGAUCUCACUGCACCACCCUGCACCCACUCACCUUCCACUCCUCUCCCACUGUCAUGGCCCAUCCUUUACAUCUGCUCAUGAACCAGUAUGCAUCCACCAAUUCCUUUAAGUGUGAGGGGACAGUAGAGUUUAGUAUCUCUGUAGGAGCAAGGGGACAGUGUUCUUGCAUGCUGGCUUUGUUAAUGACAGUGGUGUGUGUGCGUGUGUGCGUGCGUGUGUGUGUGUGUGGGUUUGUAUGUUCCCUCACCCUGUUAUGAUAACAAGCUAUUGUCUUUCCAAAGGAAUAGUCCCUAGGAGUAACUCUUUAACGCUGUUGCCCUGGUGUCAAGGGAACACCUUUCUAGUACCUCAGUAACAGAUAUUGAAUGUACCGUGCAUACCCUUUUAUUUUUUGUACAGAUUUUCUAGAUACUUCUUUACUAUUCUUUACCAGAAGGGUUGUGAAAUUGUAGCAGUAAUGAUACAAUAAAAAAAACAUUGCCCCCCAUGAAAUAAAUUGACAAAAUCCUUUUAUGUUCGCUAUAAUAGGUCACUAAAUACUCAGGCUUCGAAACCAAUGCGUAUCUCUUUGCCUUUACCUUUUAUUUCCUCAUUGUGGAAAAUUCAGCACAACGCUUUCCCAUUUUUAGACUCCAGACUGUAGUCGAUGUGUUUUGACCUCCAUCUUACUGGCUAUUGAAAACGAAGGAAAAAACAAAAAGCGGUCGUCGUGGUCUGCUAGGUUUUUUUGUUUUGUUUCGUUUUUUUACUAGAACGGUAGUAGUAGAUGCAGUUUUGUUUUGUUUUAACCCCUUUCAUUGUCAGGCUGCUCUAUCUAUAGUGCAUGUGAGGUAAUUUUUUAGGGGAAAUACUAUUGGCUUAAAGAAUUUGUGUCAUCUUGCUGUUUCCCUCUGCUCCCCGGCCUUUCCCCCUCCCCUCAGAGUGUUUUCAACCCGAGUUGCCAUUUUUGUCGUGGUCAGUUUCCAGUGAUGUACAGUUUUCCCUCAGAGUCUAUGAGAGACAUGGAGCAUGUCUGUGUCCUGAGAUGCUAGGCUCCUCUGUCAUGUGAUGAGUAUAUAUUUUUUAAAAAUAACCCCCAUAGUUCGGAUUAUGAGCAUAAUAGUAAUCUUAAAUUUUGCUGUUGAUCAUGAUGAUUAUAUAUAUAUUUCAGUUCAGCAGUGCACUGUUAUGAAAACCAUUCUGUUUUAUUGUAGGAUUUCAUUAUUAUGGAUAUGCUGUCUGUGUUCUACAUGUUGUACUGAAACAUUUCGGAGAAAACAAAAGAUCCCUUUCCUGGUGAUUCUUUUUUUCUUUCUUUUUUUUUUUUUUUUAAGUUUGUCUUCUCCCAACUGUCUUUUCCAGCUGAUAUCCUCUGGGCCUUACUUUUUCUCUCCCUGUAAAAAUAGCUGUUAUAGAAAGUCGCCAUGGAACCACUCACUGCCUUAAUACAGUUGACCACAGCAGGUGAAGUCAGGAGACACACCCAGUCGAUAAGAACGGGCCACAAUAUAGGCCGCUCUGCAAAAAGCUCCUCACACCCCUACAGGCCUGAAUCUGCAGCACCUUGCAUUUCUUUUUUCACUGAUGAACCACAUUUAGCCUUGUUUUGGGCUCAAACACAAAAAUCCAGUGUGAAUUCUUACUGUGCAUUAAUAAGAGGUUAUAUUUUUCUUUUCUAACUUUGAAUAGUUUAAGUCAGCCCGGCAGUGUGUAUGUGCGUAGGCUAACAGAUAAGCACAGUGUGUAUACUCACAAAGCCGCAGCUGAUAUUUCACUCUUGGGUGUGAGAAUGCCCCCACCCACCGCCACCACCACCCUGGGGCUCUAAAAGCAUCUUUCACUGUGCUGCCAGAGCCCCAGUGGGGCUGGGGUGGGGGGCAUAGCAAACACUGGUGUGGUCUGUAAAAAAAAAAAAAAAAAGCAGAAAAUUACAGUGAGAAUCGGUCACUUUUUCUCUCUCAGGGUUCAAAUGCACACAUAUCCUCCAGCAGUCACCCUCUGUCUCGUGUCCCUCGUCCCAAGUUUUCCGCCCUCAGAAUGUAGUACAGCCUCCUGCGUUUUUAGAAACCGCUCUCCCCUUGUUACCCUCUUUGUGCACAGGUCUGAACUUUUUUUCCCCCGUUUUUUGCUUUCUUUUGGCACUGACAUCUAACCAUCUAACAAGGAAUGAAUGAAUGAAUGUUUGAAAGUGACUGUGUGUAAUGUUAAAAUUGGGAAAUGUAUUUUUACAACAUGUGAACAUUUUUUUUCCACUCACUCUCAUUGUGAAUUGAUUUUUUUUUUCUUUCA